AUGAAGUCUCAUUCUUGUAUCCUUCUCAUAAUAUAUAUUUUGUUCAGUAGAAAUGUAAUAAAGUGUGAAACACCUACUCAAGAAUCUUCAACUCUAACUGGUUCAGGCCCUGCAGCAGCUCCAGGUUCUAAUCCAAAUGUUCAAGUUUCCGCUGACACUACUACAGAUGUUGCACUUACAAGUGAAAGACAGCAAGAAGCAGGUGCACAAGCGAAUCCUCCGCAAUCUUCAAACGUGGCAGUUACCAGUGUACAAACUGAUCAACCAGUAGUGAAUGUUGAAAAUCAACAAACACAAGAACCAUCACCUCCUAAUAAUCAGCAAAAUGGGGACUCAGGAGUACCUGCUCCGAACACCUCUCCACUAAGCACUCCGACUGAGUCUGUCCCCUCAGAAGUUGUUCAAACCCCAACUUUGACAAAUCCGUUUGCAGUAAAAUCAGCAUUGCUGAAAGAUCAUAAUGGGUUGAAAAUUACGGGUCCUUGUGAGUCACAUUUUCAAGUAUACCUCGUGCCAUACUUAUACAUUAAUGUUAAUGCAGCAAAGAGCGAAAUAGAAAUGGAACAACACAGCGGAAUGCCAAUAACAUCAAUGCAAGUUCUAGUGAUGACUGAGCAAAACAAAACCUUAUAUGUCGAAAGCAAGAACUAUUCCGUGAAGAAUGACAUUCCAGAAAAAUGUGAUGCGUUAGCGAACGAUUGCUUUUUGAGCGGUAUUUUGGAUGUCCAAAAUUGUUAUCAUUGCACUUUAUUGAUGCAAGAAAAACAAAAUGCAGAAGAAUGCUUCAAAUACAUUUCUCCAGAAAUCAGAAAUCGAUUUGAUGAUAUAAAAACAACAGGACAAGACGAAGACGACGCAGAUAAGGUUGAACUUGAAGAAACAAUUGAUAAUAUUUUGAAAAAUAUUUACAAGAAUGAAGAUGGAGAAAAUAAGUUGAUAAAUAAACUUGCUUUAGCAGAUAAUUUCUUAAAACAAGAAUUAUUAAAAUACUGCAAACUGUUGAAGGAGACAGACACGAGUGGUACAUUUGACAACCACGAGAUGGCUAAUGAAGAAGAAGUAUUCACCAAUUUGACAAAUAUGAUAGAAAUGAACAGUAAUUAUGAUACAAAUGAUUUAAAAGGUAAAUUGAAGAAUGUAGCCAUAUGCAUGCAUAAUCCAAACGAAUGGGUAUCAAGCAAAACGGGUCUACUGCUACCAGUACUAUCGCAUAAUCACAGUCACGGUAAGUUUUACAACUAUGACAAUAACAAAGGAAGUACCGUAAUGUUUAAGGAAGGAACAGAUGGAAUUAAGGAUUUCACAAUUCUCGAAAGUGUAGAUGUGUCCCCGUCACAUAUGACAGACAAGCUGCAUUGCAAUGAUGAAUUCUGUGAUAGGACAAAGGAUACAACUAGCUGUAUGUCUAAAAUUGAGGCAGAAGAUCAAGGAAAUUGUGCAUUAUCGUGGAUAUUCGCAUCUAAGUUUCAUCUAGAAAGUACCAAAUGUAUGAAGGGGUAUAAACAUGUUCCUAGUUCUGCUUUAUAUGUGGCUAACUGUUCAAGCAAAGGAGAAUCCAAAUGCCACUCUGCAUCUAACCCAUUGGAAUUUUUGAACACUGUUGAUGGAAAUCAGUUCUUACCUUCUGCAUCUGACAUGCCUUAUUCGUACAAACUGGUUGGCAAUGUCUGCCCCAAACCGAAGAAUCAUUGGACGAACCUGUGGAAUAAUAUCAAAUUGUUAAAUCAUGAGAAUGUUCCAAAUUCGGUAGGCACAAAGGGAUAUACCGCUUACCAAAGUGAGCAUUUCAAAAACAACAUGGACGAAUUUAUCAAAAUUGUAAAAUCUGAAAUCAUGAAAAAAGGUUCUGUCAUUGCUUACGUGAAGGCGAAAGACGUGCUAAAUUACAACUUUAACGGAAAAGUGGUUCAUUUUAUUUGUGGUGCUGAAGAGCCUGACCUUGCCGUGAAUUUAAUUGGAUAUGGAAACUACAUAAACGGAGAGGGACAGAAAAAAUCCUAUUGGCUUUUACGAAAUAGCUGGGGGAAGUACUGGGGUGACAAAGGAAAUUUCAAAGUAGACAUGGUCACACCAGACCACUGUCAACACAAUUUCAUACACACAGCAGCUGUGUUUAAUUUGGACAUACCUCAGAUUGAAAUUACUUCGAAUAAAGGACCACAAAUACACAAUUAUUAUAUGAAAAACUCCCCAGAUUUUUACAACAACCUUUACUUCCAGAAUUUUCCUGCAGUCACAGCUAAUGAUACAACUGAUAAAAAUGAAUCAAAUAACGACUCACUCAUUUUUGGUGAAUCAGAUAAGGGGAUAUCCCUGCCAGAAGUAGGAGAUGGAGAUGCACAACCUAAAGGGCAAGAAGAAGUAUUAGAAGUAGAAGGUGCAUCAACAGGUGUACGAGGAGGGGCAGAAGUACCAGUUGAGGAACCAGCACCAAGAGGAGAGGGGACAGAAACAUCGAUAUCGACAGGUGUAAGCACAUCACGAGAGGUGGGAGAUGGACCUGAAACAGCUCCAGCAGUAGUACCUGGUAGUGAUGGUUCACAAUCAGUGUCAGUGGAUACUACACAAAGUACUACUCCAAGUGCCACAGGCGUCAAUGCAACUACAAAAUCAGUUAAUGGUUCUUCAGCAGAAACGAUUUCAGAGCAAACAGAUAGCCAAGAAGCUUCACCCACUAGGACACCAACAGCAGCAUCGCCAGCAGAAACAACUCUAGCAGCUCCAUCAACAGCAGAAACAAUACCAGUAGUAACUACACCAGUAGUAACACUACCAGCAACAUCGUCAUCACCAGAAUCACCAGCAUCGCCAGCAGCACCUAUACCCAAGGCACCACUAUCGUCAACAACAGGCACAAGCGGUGUAAACGUUACAGGAGUAACUGGAGUACUUCACUUUCUCAAGAAUGUGAAAAAUGGUAAAGUGAAAAGUAGUUUAGUUACUUAUAACAAUAAGGCUGCCAUUGGUGAUGCAAAAGUCUGUUCUAGAGCCCAUUCCUCAGAUGUUGAAAAAAUAAAAGAUUGUAUUAAGUUUUGUGAAGAUAAGUGGGAUGAGUGUAAAGGUACAGUGUCACCCGGGUAUUGUUUAGCUAAGAAGAAGGGAAACAAUGACUGCUUCUUCUGCUUUGUGUAA